AAUACAGCUGCUGGCCCGAUGGAUCGGACAGGUUUCGGAGUUUCUUUAUUUUCAAACCAUUAGACUAGCCUGUUUUCAGCCGUGUGACUCUCUAUAUGGGCAACUCAGUCACAAACAAGAGCUUCAGCUGCUUUUUUUCAGAACUUAAAGUAAUUUGGGGAUCCGGUCCCAGGGAAGGCUGCUACUGACAGGUGCGCACAGUGCGCAGAGAGGAUGGGUAGACGUGAGGCGGACGGCAGAGGCACAAUGAACACCAGCGGCCGCUCCGAGCUGGGUUGUCUGCAGGACGCGGCAUUCAGCAGCCACCAUGGCGGCGAGCAGUCUCCGAAGAUGGACAGGCGUCGUGCCUGCAACGCGGAGAAGCGACAGAAAAACAGAGCGGUGGAGGAGGUGGGUCAGGCGUCGGCCGCCGCAGCAGCGCCAAUGGAAGUAAAGAAGCACCAGCACAAGCACAACUUAAAGCACCGUUAUGAGGUGAUGGAGACUUUGGGGAAAGGCACCUACGGCAAAGUGAAGAAAGCGGUAGAGAGAGCGAGCCAGAAGACGGUGGCGAUCAAGUCGAUCCGCAAGGAGCGCAUCACUGACGACCUGGACAGAAUUCACAUCCAGAGAGAGAUUGAAAUCACCUCUUCACUCAGGCACCCCAACAUCAUACGCUUCCACGAGGUGUUUGAGAGCCGGGAUAAGAUUGUGAUUGUGAUGGAGUACGCCAGCAGAGGAGAGCUGUAUGAUUACAUACAGGAGAGGAGGCGACUGCCAGAAACCGAAGCCAGAAGCAUCUUCAGACAGAUCACAUCGGCUGUCCACUACUGCCAUAAGAACGGGGUUGUGCAUCGAGACCUUAAGCUGGAGAACAUCCUCUUAGAUCAAGAUUUGAAUGUAAAGCUGGCUGAUUUUGGCCUCUCGAAUCAUUUCCAGAAGAGCACGCUGCUGCAAACCUACUGUGGCAGUCCGCUCUAUGCUGCCCCAGAGAUCGUAAAAGGGCUGCCGUACCAGGGGCCAGAGGUGGACUGCUGGGCACUGGGGGUGUUGCUGUAUGCCCUCGUCUACAGCAGCAUGCCGUUUGAUGGGGCCAGUCACACAAAACUCACAGAACAGAUCACCCAAGGUCGCUAUCGCAGACCCAACCCUCCCUCGGACGCCUGUGCUCUCAUUGACUGGUUGCUGACGGUGCGUGUGGAUGAGAGGGCCACGAUAGAGGACGUGGCUAACCACUGGUGGGUUAACUGGGGCUAUGAAGAGAGUGUGUGUGACUGUCCUUCAUCUCUGCACCAAGAAUGCCCCUCCCCGCUGCUGGCUCGCUACAUCGACUGGCAGAAUCAGGUUACUGCUACUAGCAAUUUGACAGUGGAUGCAGAGUGCUUAUCGUCAGACUCCUCCGGUCCUCCUCAACACGCUUCCAACCCCUUUUACUUCAGCUUGCCCCUGAAGCAGGACUGCGGGGGAGGAGGAAGGGUACGUGGUGGAAUGUCGAGCCUUAGGAAGUCUCGCAAGGAGAAUGCAAUUCCCCAGAGUGCACAGGGUGCUUCUGCUGGCGUUUGUCUAGCUGUUGCUUCUUCAACUGUGAUUUCCUCCACUUCCACAUUUGAAAGAAAGAAGCCCAAAGGUAUUCUGAAACACCAGAGGAGUUUAGAUUCAGUCUUUCACAGCCCUCCGAGGGAAAAUUCUGCCUCUCAGCUCUGUAACACCGCUCCACAGCCUUGUCGAACACAAACUCUUGCUCACGUGUAUGUUGACGUCCUGUCAACCAGCCUUCCGUCUCCGACGACAUUCAGCCAGCCUUCAUCCAAAAUGCCCAAGAAAGGGAUACUAAAGAACUUGUAUGGUAGAGAGUCAGGUUAUGGUUCAUCAUCAGACAGAAGGGGCUCAGGUGUAGGAAUUAUAGAAAAUAAUGCAGGUGAGUCAUGUUCCCACAAACAACAAACAUGUCUCCCAGGAGUUCAAGGCAGUCCCACGAUGCACGCAGAAGCAGUAAGGAGACGAAAAGGUAUUUUGAAACGUAACGGAAAGUUUUCUCGCAGUCUGGAUCUUCCUGACAACCACCACUCAUCUCCCUCUCCAACUCCUGCCAUAUUCCCUGAGGCUCUGCAACAUCUCCUCCAGACCGCGGGGGAUGCUGAGGGCCGUCACAGCCGCCCCUCUAGCGUGGUGAGCGAGGAUAGCCUCUUCUCAUCCGAUUCCUUUGAUCUGCUGGAUCUUAGCUUCCAGUCACGUCGCAAGAUUUUCUCAAGGGGGGUGCAGCACGGCUCUGAGGAGGAUUUGGAGCAGCUGAGAGCUGAGGCAGACAGGGAUGUUGAAGAAUAACAGACAAAAAAGGAAAUGCUAUAAUAGAGAGGGUAAAAGAAACUUCAGUGUGUUGAAAACUGGGUUUAAUUGCAGUUCUUCAGUUCAGUUUUCUGCGAUAAUCGGUGUCUGCCAUCUUGAAAAGACUUAUUGAACUCUGGAACGGUUGCAUCUCAAGUACACAGACUCUCGUGACAUUGCACUGCCAAUGUAAAGCACCAUGUAAACUAUAGUGUAGCCUGUUUAACUGUAUUCAUCUAAACGGGAGCUGAUUUGCAGAGAUGGGCGCUGACUGCGGCAGAAUAGUUUAAUGGACUCGGUCUGACCUCACCUGCACAACAAGAUCUUGUAGAUUUUGCAGAUUUUUGUUCACGACUCUCAAAAUCUUUGUGUAACUGCUGUAAUCUGCUAAUGUGCUAAUCCACCCAUCUUGGAUUUACAGUGUCAUGUAUGAGUAAGUCAAAGGACUUAAGAGUGUUUCCAUCCACCUGCAUUUCUGGACAUUUUUGUACAUAUGAAAUUUGAGGAGUAAAUUCAGAAAAAAGGAGAAAAAAAUGACUGUAAAUAAAGUAAAAUGUUGGUAUAUUGAUAGCAGUGAAAUGAGGCAGUCGAAGCCAGCUGUUACAGAAAAACUGUACAUGAGGUAUGUUAGCUAAAAGCAUACAGGACUGAUGGAAAAAAGAUCAUUUAUUAAAUUAAUUUAUGAAACAAAUAUAAAUGUAAUUUCAAAUUUUCUGCAUUGUUUGACAGUGUUACUGUUUUUACUGGUGAUCUUUUGCGAUAUAUAAUUUGCACCCUGUUGUUCUGCGGUGGUUGCGAUAGCACCCAGCUAUAAAUUUAACAUCAUCAGCUACGUAUCUUGAAGUGAACAUCUUCACGCAUUAACAUUUGCAUAUGAAAAUAGAUAUGCAUAUAAAUUUGCUUUGCGCUUGAUGAUUUUCUGAAAUUUGUUAGUUUGUGCAGUGUUUGGAUGGAAACUAGACUGUAGCAGCCUCUGUAUAAAUUCUGCUGAAUUGAACUUUGGGAUACUUUGUGACAGCACUUUACAUCGCUUUAUAAGCCUUAUAUAAACAUUAAUACAUGGUUAUAGCACACUAAAAUGUAGCAGAUACUGUAUCAGGACAUUUUAAGUGUUCGGUAUUAACCUAUAUUAUUUGUCAACAAUUAUAAUUUCUCAUCUGAGGAUAAAUUUUGUUUUUAUUCAUUUAUUUACCAUCCUGCUAAUAUUUAUACACUGUGGGCUCCCACAAGAGGGGCUGUAGUUGUUGACAGAUACAUCAUAUUGGUUACAAACCAUUCAUUAAAUGUUUAUGUUCCACUUAUCUAAAAUGCUAAAUCUGGGAAGCUUAAGUAUUGCCAAUGUCACUAUUUGUUUUUGAGUAUAUUUAUACCACACAGUGUUGCACUGUGCACAGUUUGCUCAUUUGCACCAACACACACAGUGUGCAUAGCAGGUAGAUCACAUUGCUUUUUACCGUGACACCACCUGUGCUGCUCUGGAUGUUUAAGGUGAUGUAUGCAGUAGAUGUAUGCAAUUUUAAAUCUGUGAUUUUCAUACUGUGACAAAAAGAAUUCUCUUAAACUUUUUUUUUAUAUUUUUGUUCU